CAAAGUGAACUAAAGUACAUAAGCAUAUUAAUCGCGAAGAAAUUGCUAAAUCGUUAGCACGACUAAAUUAUAUAGAAUUUUUAACAUUUAAUUAAUUUGAUAAUACCGUUCUUCCCUUGACUGUGUACAUGUUUUGAAGUCAAGGAUCGUGUGGCUGUCUACAAUGAAUAGUCAAUAAACAUAAUAUAUAUUUCAGUAUUUUGAAAAUCAUCAUGGCCGACGAGGACAUCGAAGAGAUAGCCGACAAAUUCGCAGGUAAAUUUGACGUAAUCACGUGCUCAACUCUGUACGACAAAGAAGCUUUGGGCGAACGCGAUCUGAAGUUAUCGCAAGCUAUUUGCCUACUGUGGCAAAAUUCAACUACCGGAGAAGUAUCAGGAAGACAUAGCGACCUACAUUUACUUGUGUGCGUCUACUGCGCUGGUCUGUUGGAUUUGCUAGUCAUGGACAAGAUACGGGUCAAUGAUACGUUGUCCACUUGCCUUUGUCUUGUUUCCAAAAAGAAAAUGGUUGAAAUUGACCAUGUACAAGAAACAUCGACGUAUUUGGACACCAUGGCACUGACUGACAUCAUUACCCAACGAAAUACGCCAAGAGAACUUGUUGAUUGGCUGGAGGAAAGUGUAGACAAGAAUGACGAUCAAAGCUCUUCAGUUGUUACCCUUGAUAGCCUUGUUAAAAAAGGAAUACUACGAAAGGAAAAGUUAUCAGUAGGCACAAGAUUCUAUCUCAACAACCAAGAGAUUAAACAAGGUUUGGUUCAAGAGAUUCGCGAUUCACUCCUCGAGGAGAACAUGCCCGACCUAUACAUGCGAGUUGUAUUGACUUUACUUCAAGGAGCCGACCAUUACCGCGACAGCUACGACAAAGACAGAAUUUUCAAACAGUAUUUCAACAAGAACGAGUAUAAGCAAGCGAAGGCACGACUUAAAGUCAUAUCACGUGAUUGGCCACAGGUACCCCCACCACAAGCAGCAGAAACAAAUACAAACGCCUAAGGACAGCAGGCAACACAAUUUGGAAACUAAAUUUCUUUAAGACAUUAUGAAUAAUUGUAUUGGUUUGCAACAUAUCUUUGGUCUUUAUUAAAUUGUUAGUUAAAUAGUAAACAACGACGUACUUCUCGUCAAGAAAAUUACGUUUGUGACUACACACAACGCAAUAUGCAUCAAUAAAAACAGUAGAAAAUCAAACGUGUUCACCGUAUAAUAUAACAAGGUCAAUUUUGACACACUCAGUGUACGUGGCUGCUUUGAAGCAAAAUAGACAACAAAAAGAAAAAAAACUGUCUGCCAAUUUAUUUAAAUUUUUAGUGACUUUAAUUUAAAGCAAACGGGGGACAUAAAUAGAAUUAUGUUCUUCGCCUUACAUGUAUAAUAUUGCUUUGAGUGCUUCAUAAACAAAACAGCCAUAUGAGAGACAAACAAUAUGAUUGGGUCUGCUUGUUUUUAUUGAUGGUUAUGGCAUACUAUAAAUCUAAUCAAAUUCUAGUUUUGGCCGCGUUUCAAAUCACUUUUUCGCUAUUCCUAAAGAAUUAUACUAGUAAGCAUGCCCUAUUUCAUAUUUGAUUUAAAUUUUGUCCAGCAAUUAUGAUGCACAGCAUUAAUGCUACAAAGGAUCUGACGGUAACAGUACCUAUUCAGUAUUCUCUGUUGGUAUUAGAGCAAAAAAACAUUCCUUUGAUAAACUUAUUCACGAAGAUGGAAAGCAUGCAGCCAUUAUCUCGAUCAUUACUGUGAAAAUAUGUGAUCAUUUAGUUUUAUCUGCGCACAAUAUUAUGUAUAAACUAUAUAUGCAUGCCUGUUAUUAUUUAGUAGUAUUUUAAUAGUUUUGUUAGCGUACAAUUGUGCAUAACAUUGUUGCCUGGUGCAAUUAUACGUACAUGUAUAAAAUGCAUUGUCAUGGAUGGGGAGUUAGUAAAGACACUCUUAUUUGUUGAUAGAUAUAAAUUAUUAUGGAUGUAUGGUGCAUGAUGUCAUUUAGCAGUUUACAAUUAAAAACUAUGUAAGCAAAUGUAUUGAUUACAAACAAAAAAUGGAAUAUGAUUUUUAGUUUGUGUAUUAAACUAUAGUGACGACUGA